AUGGUAGCGAGGAAUACCAAUACGGUUGCCGCUCCGAAUGGAACGGUUAAGAGGGUUCGCAAAGCGCCGGGAACUAAUCCGUCAAAAAUUUGCAAGGCCGAAGGUUGUUCACGCCAGGUUCGCGCUGCUGCCCGUUACUGCAUCACACACGGAGGAGGCAAUACCUGUGAGUAUCCUGAUUGCAAAACGUCCGCUCGUCAUGGGAGCACAUUCUGUAUUGCACAUGGUGGUGGUCGAAGGUGUCAAAAGCCGGGUUGCGCCAAGAGCGCUGUCGGCUCCACCAACUUCUGCAAGGCCCACGGUGGAGGCAGACGAUGCACUUAUCCUAAUUGUUUCCGUGCUGCGCGUCCUGGGCAACCGCAGGCGUGCAUGAAACACGGAGGGGGUAAAAGAUGUGCUCUUCCAACUGUUGGACAGGUUCGCGCUGCUGCCCGUUACUGCAUCACACACGGAGGAGGCAAUACCUGUGAGUAUCCUGAUUGCAAAACGUCCGCUCGUCAUGGGAGCACAUUCUGUAUUGCACAUGGUGGUGGUCGAAGGUGUCAAAAGCCGGGUUGCGCCAAGAGCGCUGUCGGCUCCACCAACUUCUGCAAGGCCCACGGUGGAGGCAGACGAUGCACUUAUCCUAGUUGUUUCCGUGCUGCGCGUCCUGGGCAACCGCAGGCGUGCAUGAAACACGGAGGGGGUAAAAGAUGUGCUCUUCCAACAUGUGAUCGAAGUGCUGCAGCUCGCAGUAACUUCUGCGCAGAACAUCUCUUCAUUGAUGGUACUGAUCCGGCUGAGAAGAAUAAACCAGGCGAGAAAGGAAAAGGCAAAGAUGCAGAGAAGAAGAAGAAGCAAGAACAUGCUAUGGACGACGAUAUAGCCUGCAGAGAUUUGCUCCGAGGAAGAAGGGAGCCCACUUUCUUCGCUACCAAUAUAACUGUGCCGCCUCUGAACGUCUUCCUUGACGACUUUCGUAAUUACGAAGAUUUGGGACCUCCUGUCCUUUUCACGGUUGACCAGUCAGACAUGAUAUAUAACACGUUUGACGACGAGGAGGAGAAGGAAGAUCCUUUGAAGUAA